AUCCCUGACAGAUGAGGAAGGGCCUUUUUCCAUUCACUUCAUACAUUUAACAUUCUCAUGGGACUGUGGGAGACUGAGUGAGGGAUGAACCUCAGUCGAAACUUUAUCUGCAGUGAGGUAGUCCAUGUCACUCAAGGCGCAUUCCAUUGACUGAGAGGUGUUUUCACCAAGCUACAUACCCUGCAUAUUCUACCGAACACGUACUGUAGUAGACUUAAACAAGGAUCUGCUUAUGUUUGAGACAAACUGUUAUUGAAACUGGGAAAUACUCUGCUGUGCUUCAACGAAACAUUCAUACAGUUAAACAAAAUAUUAUAGGAACACGGGGAGAAUGGAUCACGCGCAACGAAAGUCUGAUGUAUUUGCUUUACAAGAGGUGUGACACAUUGAAGUGAGUUCGACAUGGCAUGCUGGAAAUGGUGCCGUCGGACCUGGGUUUGUUGCCUGGACGAUGAAGAGAGGAGGAGCAUUGCUAUUGACAAGGAGAUUCAGAGGAUUCUCCGACAGCAGAAGAACAGAGAACGCAAAGAAAUCAAAGUUCUUUUACUCGGCACAGGGGAGAGUGGGAAAACCACCUUCAUCCGACAGAUGAGGAUCAUCCAUGGAAGUGGCUUCUCUGAGGAGGAAAGACAGGACUUCGCCAAGCUCAUCUACCAGAACAUCUUCACGGCUGUGAAAGCUAUGACCCGGGCCAUGAUCACCCUCAGACUGCCCUAUGCCUACCCAGAGAAUGAGAUGUAUGCCAGGUGGGUGCAGGAUGUGGACACAGUGCAGGUCAUCCAGCUGGACCGUGGCUUUGUGGACGCUAUCCGCCAUCUAUGGGCCGACCCAGGCCUCCGGGUCUGCUACAGCCGCCGCAGCGAGUAUCAGUUGCUGGACUCCACAGAGUAUUACAUGACCAAUCUGGACCGCAUAUCUGCCCCAGACUACAUCCCCACUGCUCAGGACGUGCUGCGGGUACGAUUCCCCACCACUGGCAUCCAUGACUACUCCUUCACUGUAAAGACCAUCACACUCAGGAUUGUGGAUGUGGGUGGACAGAAGUCAGAGAGGAGAAAGUGGAUCCAUUGUUUUCAGGAUGUGACGUCCCUCAUUUUCCUGGCUUCCCUCAGCGAGUACGACCAGGUCCUGGAGGAGAGAGAGACUGAUCAGAAGCGUAUGGAUGAGAGCUUGGCUUUGUUCUACACCACCAUCCACUCCCCCUGGUUCCUCAACACCUCCAUCAUCCUCUUUCUCAACAAGACAGAUAUCCUGGCUGACAAGAUCCAGGCAUCCGACCUGCAGAAGUACUUCCCAGGGUUCACAGGAAAGCGACGUGACGCUCAGGAUGCUAUGAAGUACAUCCAGAAGAUGUAUGAGCAGCAGGCUCACAGCCGGGACAAGAAGGAAGAUAGCAAGACCCUGUACCCCCACUUCACCUGCGCCACCGACACCAACAACAUCCGCAAAGUGUUCAGUGACGUCAAGGACACGGUGCUCCUCAAGUCUCUCAUGGAGUUUGGGGUGAUCUGAGGGCCUGGGGACCCGCCUACCUAUGGGGCCACACUCAACCAACAACCACUCAGGGCAGAAGAGGCUCUCCCUCCGUCCCUCCCUUGCUCAGUUUUCUCCUCUCUCUCAAUCUCAGCUCCAGUGGGGAUGCUCUCGGGCCAAACCUUCUUAUUGCAGGAAGGAAUCUCUACCUGGAGAGCAGAACAGAAUGGAGGGACUCCUAUGACUCCUGUAUCACUAACCUGUUUUACACACACACACACACUCUGGUUGUUAUUUUCUAAUGUUGUGUGUAAGGGCGUGGAGAUGUAGUGGCCUACCAGUGGUUGAAACUGGACUAGAGAUGUCAUGAAGUGCUGUGUCUCCAUUAUGUGAGUGAUGAAUUUAGCUGGUGGAGAUGAGAACUCUAUAUCCCUCUAUAUCCCUACCACAACCCUGUUGAUAGAAAAUGCCUCUAGAGAUCACUACAGAAGAUUCCACUCUAUCUGUGUGUUGAAUUAACACUACUGUACACAUGCGUUGUAGCCAUUACAUUACCAGUUCACACCUAUGAGAAGUAGCCACCACUGAAGGCUUGUGUCACAUUUUGUGUUUGGUUGGUCUUUUAAUUGGUUUGCUUGGUUGACACCCGUAUAUGUUUUUCGCUGGGUCUCAGGUGUGAGAUGUGAUGCAGGCGAAAAAUGUGGGAUUUGAGGCGUUUACUACAGCUGUGAUCGAUAAGGUGUCAGAAAUCACUUGAUGUCAUAACGGGUUCCCCUGAUACAGUGUGUUAUGGAAUGCAAUGCUGUAUGUACACUGUUAGGAUUCUUGGUUUGGUUUUUGUUGGAUACUUUUGUUUAGUCUCUUCCCCUAAUGUGCCUGCCUUACGACCAGUCACUACCUGCUAUACAUUGAGUUCAUAUGGGAACAACAACGCCGGUGAAUGUAUACAUUAACCAACAAAUGAGAGUGCUUAAGAGCAGCAGCCAAGUACAGGGUUAUUACUAGCUGGCAGGCAUGCUGAUGUUAAAGCUGAAAUGUAAUAAAAGAUCUCAUUAAAUUCCUAGGACCCUGUUAGGACUGCUAUUAGGUGGCUCAGAGAGGCCAGUUAAAAGGAACGCCUGGCAUCGCGGGGGGUUCAAGUCUUGCCACUGUCUGAUAGCGCUAAAAAUCAACAUGCAGUUAUGAUGUGAAUGGUUGUAGGCUUUAGGCUACGGUAGGGCUUUGAUUUGAGCAGUGGAGUUUUUUGUGCUUCGCUGCAGAGUGGCAUGAAAGGUUACACAGCAAACAAGGAUUUAAUCAUUGUGUCAAGACUAUAAACAACAACUCAUUAUUCAUAGUUGGCUUGCCCUUUUACUCUGGUCCCCUAUCAAUAUUUAUGUUCAGUCAAUAUUUAGUUUAGCAGGCUCAGGCUGUGCUCAACUUGUUUCAUGUUCAGUAGCAUUUUAUAUUGGAUUCUAUAUUGGUGUAAUUUAAGCGAUAUGGCCUCUAUAAAUAUGAGUGAGUGGAGCAGGAUGGAGUCUGUCAGUUAAUACAGGCGAUAAUAUUUUGACCUGUGUGCGUCACUAAAGCAGAUGAUGAGUGUGUCAGUGGAAAAGGACUUCAAAGUCAGAUUAAAACCUCUUCCAUUAAAUUGAAGUCAGUAAUAACAAAUUGCAGGCAUGGAUCAUACAAUAUGCAUCGAAUUUAUUCUGGUUUGAGAAGAUUGCUUUGUUGCAGUGUGAAGAAUGUGUUGUUGUUUUUUACUCAAAAACAUUUUUGGUAAAGGACUUGGGUCUGAAUGUGCAACUAAAUAUACUAUAUUUCCUUGUAGAACUAAACAUAGGCUCUGAUGAAUUAUUAAUUGUAUUCAGCUUAUUUUGUUAUAUUAGACCACCUCAUUAACAGCUAGUGUGACAGGAGGUGAUGCACUGUAUAUAUUACAGACUAACAUUGGGAGAACUCUUAUUUGGUGCAAAUAUUUUGUAUAGAUUUGGGAAGAAUUUGGGGAAAUAUUUUCUAAUUAAAGUUGUGUUUUGAAAAAGA